AUGGGGAACACUUCUGACACCUCCACUCUAUUUGUGUCCUCCAUCUCCAAAGAGCAUGACAUCCUCAUGGGAGCCGUCUACACUGUGUUCUCUCUCCUCUUUCUUCUUUCAGGUGUCUUGUCUUUAACAGGAAAUGGCAUCCUGCUUCUUGUCGCGUAUCAGAAACGAUCAACCUUGAAGCCGGCAGAAUACUUCAUCAUUAACCUCUCCAUAAGCGACCUUGGAAUGACACUGUCUUUAUUCCCACUGGCCAUUCCUUCCUCUUUUUCACAUAGAUGGCUGUUUGGAGAGAUCAUCUGUCAGCUUUACGCCGCCUGCGGAGUACUAUUUGGCUUGUGCAGCUUAACCAACCUCACAGCACUCUCUUUAGUUUGCUGUAUUAAAGUGUGCUAUCCUAACUAUGGCAACAAAUUCUCCUCGUCUCACGCCUGCCUCCUGGUGGCUGCAGUGUGGUGUUAUGCCUUCAUUUUCGCCUUGGGGCCUUUGGCACAGUGGGGGCACUACAGCCCUGAGCCUUAUGGCACUGCCUGCUGCAUAGACUGGCACGCACCCAACCAUGAACCCUCCUCUCUGUCUUAUAUUCUCUGCCUUUUCAUCUUUUGCUACGCUCUGCCCUGCUCCAUCAUCUUUGUCUCGUACACAUUUAUUCUGCUGACGGUGCGAGGCUCGCGUCAGGCCGUACUACAGCAUGUAUCACCACAGACCAAGACUGCCAACGCUCACGCCCUCAUUAUCAAGCUGUCUGUAGCUGUCUGCAUUGGUUUUCUUGUCGCAUGGACCCCCUAUGCUGCUGUGGCCAUGUGGGCUGCUUUUGGAGAUGCACUGUUGGUUCCUCCCAUUGCCUUUGCCGUGGCUGCUCUAUUCGCCAAGUCCUCCACCAUCUACAACCCACUGGUGUACCUACUCUGCAAACCCAACUUUCGGCAGUGUUUAUGCAAGGACUCUACCACGCUACGGCAGAGGAUUUCAGGAGGGAGCCCACAAUCUGAUCUGAAAGGCUAUUUGGGCUGCAACUUACCACGUAAUAUGGACACCAGUCUGCCCAAACACUUGUCAAAUGGACAGCAAAAAUACGGGGCAUGCCUCUGUAGCUCCGAUGGGGAAAUGGUAGAUCAUGUGGCCCCACCCAAAAGAACUGCCUGCAUCCUCACAGGACCCUCCUGUACAGAGGUGACAUUGAACCAGGAUUCUGCAGAAAUAUCCCAGGGUGACUCUCUAUAA